AUGCGCCUCAACCCCCUCGCUUUGGCCCUCGCCGCUGCGGCCUGUGUCCACGCGGGCCCUCGUACGGCCGACGUCUACAUCCAACCCAUCACUCCGUCCUCGCCACCGCCGCCGCCUAGCCAGCUCGCCGAAAUUUCCUACGACCUUGACGCCCUCUCCCUCGCCUCCGUCCUCGCCUACGAAGCCCCCGACAUACCCGAUUCGGCAUCCCUCGUCCGCAUCGGCGUCUACGAUGCCAACGCCAAGCAAUGGACCUCUGGUACGACGGCCGCGUCCGUGGACAACUUCAGCAAGGGCUACUCGCCCAACAUCCUGCUAUCCGUCGACAGUACCGGCGACGUCCUGAGCGUCUCGUGCAAGGGCGUGCAGAUUGACGCCGGCCAGACGAGGGAUUUCGGGCCCAAGGCCAUCGUCUUGACCCAGGAACGGGGCGCCCAGCCGACGCUGAAUAAGCCGGUUGUACUGUCGCCCGAGGGGAAGAAGAUGGAGCCGGAGCAGGAGAAGACCUUUCUGCAAAAGUACUGGUGGAUGAUCGCCAUCGCCGUCUUCAUAGCACUAAGCGGUGGUGGCUCUGAGAAGUAG